AUGGCGCUGCCGCCGCCUCCGGCGUCGUGCGGGCAGUACUGGUCGCAGUUCCUGAGCAGCGCUCUGUCGGCGAGAGGUCCCAACGCGCUGCCAUACCAGGAGGACGCGAAAUGGCUGAUCCGCCACCACCUGGUCUCCCUUGCAGAGGCCUUCCCCUCUCUUCCCCCCAAAUCCUCCCUCUUCACUCACAACGAUGGCCGCAGCGCGCAGCUCCUGCAGGCUGAGGGCACCAUCCCCAUCCGCUACGCCGGCGUCGUCUACAACAUUCCCGCCGCCAUCUGGCUCCUCGAGAACUACCCCCGCUGCCCCCCCUCCGUCUUCCUUCUCCCCACCAGCGACAUGGUCGUCAAGCGCAACCACACCUACGUCGACCAGUCCGGCCACGUCUCCGUCCCCUACCUCUGCAACUGGAUCUUCCCCUCUUCCAAUCUCGUCGAUCUCGUCCGCACCCUCUCCCACCUCUUCAGCCAGGAGCCCCCUCUCUUCACCCGCGAGAAAGCUAACCCUAACCCUAGCCCGAUCCCUAAUUCCCCCCGCCCGCCGCCGCCGUCCUCCUCCACUUCCUCUCCCUCUCCCUCUCCCUCUCCCUCUCCUUCCCGGAUCUACUCCCAGGCGGCGCCGUACGGGGCCGCCGGGGGGCGGCUUCACCAAUCCCCACAGCGGCGGCCGGCGGAGGACCCCGCCGAGGUCUACCGCCGCAACGCGGUGAACAGGAUCUUGGAAGUGGUUCACGCGGACAUGGUCGCCCUUCGGAAGACCCGAGAAGUGGAGACGGAGGAGUUGAUGUCGACGCAGGGCGUGCUGCGGCGGCGGGAGGAUGAGCUCCGCCGGGGGCUGCGGGACAUGCAGGGGGAGAAAGAGGGGCUGGAGCAGCAGCUGCAGGUGAUGCUGAUGAACGCGGACGUGCUGGAGCAGUGGCUGAGGGAGAACGAGGGGAAGAAGAAGGGGCACGACGUCGACGCGGAGGAAUUGUUCGAGCCCUGCGAUCCCUUCUCGAAGCAGCUGAUUGAGUGCACGGCGGUAGAUCUGGCGGCGGAGGACGCGAUCUACUCUCUGGACACGGCCGUGAGGGAAGGAGCGAUCCCUCUCGAUCUGUACCUCAAGAACAUUAGGGUUCUGUCGAGGGAGCAGUUUUUCCACAGGGCGACGUCCAAGAGGGUUAGGGCUGCGCAGGUUGAGGCCCAGGUCUCCGGUAUGGCUGCGACGGCACCUCAGUACAGUGCGACAUAG